ACGUAGUGCUAUAAAAGAACAUGCAGAAACAAAAGAUCAUUUAGAUUCAUGUAAAAGAAAUAAAAUAAAAGUGCCGUCAGAACAUAUUAUAAGUUUAAUGAAGAUUAUAUAUUGUAUGGCAAAAGAUGAUCUUCCAUUAAACAAAUUUAAAAAUCUUACUCAUCUUGGCCGUGCUAUUGAAGCUCCACAUUUGAUUCCCGAAAACAACCCAAUUACUUAUGAAAAUAAUAUAUGUGGCCGAGAAUUGUUGUCUUCUAUAUCUUCUUCAAUUGAAAAUAAUAUUUGGAAGAAAUUGUCUCUUGCAUCAGCUAUUGGAAUUAUAGUUGAUGAAAGUACCGAUAUUGCUAUGGAAUCUCAUAUUAUAAUUUAUGUUAGAUAUUUUAUUAAUGGUGUUAUAAAAAUACGAUUUUUAUGCUUAUUAGAAAUUGAAGCUAAGGAUGCAAAAUCAAUAUAUAAUACAAUAAUUAAACCAUUUAUUGCAAAAA